AUUAAAAUACACAACAAGAUGUGUUUGUUUAUAAACUAGAUGAAACGCAAUUUAUGCUGUUUAUUGCAAAUUAUCUGGUUAAUACAAUUGUCUUUGUGAACAGUUUACCUAUUGGAAGCCCCAAAAACGGCUGAGGUAUUACAGAAAAUGUCCUGGGAUAGCCCUUAUUCCAAUUCUUUUAACAUGGAUUAUGAAUACGAAGACGAGCAAUACGAUGACGACAACGAUUUGUAUAACGACGAACCCCAAAACUCAGACGAAGACACGGAGGACGCGAGCGAAACGGACACAGUAUUUUUCGCAGGAUAUUAUGUUAGUAGACAGGAGGAACCCUUGGAAAUCAAGGAACAAAUGUACCAAGACAAAUUGGCGUCGCUCAAAAAGAAACUGGCGCAACUUAAAGAUGGAACUCAUACAGAGUACAACAAGAAAGUGAAGAAAUUGGAGUAUCAAUAUAAAGAAAGGCUGAGGUUGAAUAACUUGUAUAGGGAUUAUCUGAUCGAGUGUGUGGAUAGAGAUUAUACACAGGAGAAGAAAGCUGCGGCUAGAGAAUUUGAAGAAAAGAAAAUUGACUUGAAGGAAACACUAAUUUCUGAUUUGGAAGACAAGAAAAGAAGCAUUGAGAGUGAAAGAUACACAAUGGAAUUAACUGGCGACUCUAUGGAAAUAAAACCUGUGAUGACAAGAAAAUUGAGAAGGAGACCGAAUGAUCCUGCUCCUGUUCAAGAAAAACGCAGAAAAGCUCCGACGACACAAAUAAUUUUUACUCUGGACGACAAAGAGAUUGAAAACGACUUGAAACAAAUAAACAGGGGUAAAGUGAUGACACCAGUCAGGAAACACAGUGAAAAUUCGUGUUCGUCACCAAACACGAUCACCGCUUUACAAAUAUCGAACUCGAACGAUGUUUCACUGGUUGAGGCUCGCAUCGAAGACGGGAAAUUGUGGUACGAGAAGAGGUGGUUCCACAGAGGACAAUCGGUGUUUGUCGAGGGAAGAGACAUGUCCAAAUAUCCAGCAAACAUUUCGGCAAUUCAGAACGACGCAAUUUUAGUAAAAAAACCGGACGGUUCCAAAGUUAAAAUAUACGUUUCACAUUUGGCAAGAGGCAAAAUGUCUAUUAAGCGACGAGCUUCCUAAUUAUAUCUCAUAUCAUAUUAAUUAGUAUUGUAAUUUUAUUUUAUCAUUAAGAAAUAAAUGUGAAAAUAGAAAUUUAAUUAUCAAGUAAAUUAUAUCGGAAAACUAAAAUAAAGACGUUAGUAAAGUGUUUAAA